AGGUGGGUCAGUGUUGCACGAGAUCAGGUGACGUCAGGACUACGCAUUCGUUCCUUCCGAUCAAUUACUCCUCCACCUGUUCUGUUCAUUCUUCCCCCCAGCUGUCCUGGUCCCGCGUCAUGUUGCCUUCCUGAGAGUGCAAUCGCAAAGUCUUCGCGCGAGGAGGAUGGUCCAUUGCGCCGCCAAGAAAGCAGAGCGAGUUGCUGAUCCCGGUGCUUCCCCGCGCGCCCCCGAUGACAACACGGGAGCCCGUCGAGUGAGGACAGAGCCUCCGACCCACGUGGAGAGCCAAGGUGUUAUCGGCCAGAUUAUGUAUCAGCGACACAGCAAGGCAAAUGAGGUGGCGCUAGUGGGAGGCGCCCGACCGUGCCCCAGUUGACCUGCACCCCUGAGCACUGACAGGUACCCACAGGCGCCUGUCUACUGCGCACGGGCGACGACUGCUCCUGGCUCGCUCCCACGGACGCCGCCGCCUCUCCACAAGAUGCUGCGCGACCCGCCCGUCCACGUCAACGCCUCCUUCGGCCUGAUGGGGGUGGUGGGCGUGGUGGUCAACAUCGUGCUCUUCGUCGUGGACAUUGUCUCCGACGCCCUCCUCGCCUACGUCCUGUGGCGCCAGGCCGUCGACGCCACGGAUGAGGCAGCGAGUGAGGAGGCGAUGACUUGGUUCAUCAUCACGCUCUGCAUCAUCGUCAUCCCCAUGGUCAUCCUUAACCUCUUCAGUCUCUUGUGGUACUACCAGAACAAGCUGUGUCUCGGAGACUACUGCGUCCUCCACAAGAUGAGUCGAGGCCAAGGGACAGUUAGGGUCAUCCUUCACCUCCUCCUCCUCGGGCCUCUCAUCAGAUACUUAGAUAUCAUGCGGUACGGGCUGAAGAUGCAACGGGAGGUUCGCGAGGUGGAGAUGGGCGAGCACGGCGCCGUCAUGAGGAGGACGCCCAAGGGGGAGGUCCACGCGGUGCUCCAGAUGGUCAUUUCUCGGGACACGGCGAUGCUGGACAUGAUGCACAGCUUCCUCCAGGACGCCCCGCAGCUGGUCUUCCAGAUCUUUCUCCUCUACCGCAGUCCCGAGAUAAUCACGGGCACCGAUACGAGCAACACCUUCACCAUCGCGGUGCAAAUGUGGAAGGUGCUGGUGGGCGUGAUGGCCAUCUCGUGGUCGCUGGUGUCCUACCAGGAUGAGCUCCGCCGCUCCGUGCCCAACAAGGAGCAGCUGUCCUGCGGCGGCACCACCACCUGCCUCUUCUGGCGCUCCGGCAUGGUCGCCUCCAGGGUCGUCGCCAUCGCCACUUUUGCCUCCAUUAUCCCUCCCGAGGAAGAAAACAACCACAGCGUGUUCUUCCCUCGCAUGAGCAGCGACGGCAGAGUCUUCAUCCCGUUCGCCCUCAUCGCUGGCAUCGUCCUCUUCGUGCACUGGGUCAUCAUGACCGUCUGGAUACACGCCCAGAACACGACCUUCUGCUCCAACGACGACGAAUCGCGGCGGCCCGUGCUGGAGCUGCUCUACAACGGCGUCAUGGGGAUCGUGCACAUCUUCUGCUACAUCAACCUGAAGGACACGCCGUCCCGCAAGAGGAUGACCUUCUUCUACAUCAUCAGUUUCGCCGAGAACACCACCAUGAUCGCCGUCUGGUAUAUGGAGGUAAUACAAGGUGCUUUGAUGGGAACAUUUACAGGGACAAUCAUAGGCGGCACAAUUCACUCUCGAGAUAACUACCUGCGCUUCAUAGAAAAAAACCAAGCUACUGCAUUCCAGAGUCAUUUUGAAGCCAAAAAGCAACUUCAGGAUAAGGUUACUUUGGGAUUUGCCCGUGGUGCAUGGAUGUGGGGAUGGAGAUUAGGUUUAUUUUGUGGUUCAUUUACAUUAUGCACUACUGCAAUGUCAGUGUAUAGAGGAAAGUCUUCAGUUCUUGAAUAUAUUACAGCUGGAGGCAUUACUGGAGCACUGUACAAGUUCAAACAAGGUCCCCGUGCUACAAUUGCUGGUGGUAUAAUCGGUAGUGCUUUAGGAUCUGCUGCUGGCUGUGUCUCUUUGGGCCUUAUGUACCUGACAGGAACUUCCAUGGAAGAUGUACGAUACUGGCAACACAAAUGGAAGGAAGAAUAUCAGGAAAAGAAACUAGAAGCUCUCAGAAAAGCACGCUCUGAGGAUUUGGACUCACUCAGUCGUGGUCAUGAUCAAAGGGCUGGAUCACUGUCGUUAGAAAAUAUCAGUGACAAUAAAAGCCAAUAGAGUUUAUGACAGACACAUGUAGAAAUAUUGAUGGCCAUCUAGGCGUAUCUGUAUAUGAAAAGUACAUAGGAAAAAAAAAGAAGAAAAAAAAGUGCAACAAUAAAAACUAUUAAUUUGUA